AUGAAUCGUCUGCUUAAUCCAUUCAGGGAUCUUGUACCAAAAAGAUUACUAGAAAUAAGGCUACAAGGGUUGGGUUGGGCAAGGCAAGGCAAAGGCAAGGCAAGGCAAAGGCUACAAGGGUUGGGCAAGGCAAGGAAAGGCAAGGCAAGGCAAAGGCAAGGCAAAGGCUGCAAGGGUUGGGUUGGGCAAGGCAAGGCAAAGGCUGCAAGGGUUGGGCAAGGCAAGGCAAGGCUGCAAGGGUUUGGUGGGCAGGAAGGCAAAGGCUACAAGGGUUGGCAAGGCAAGCAAGGCCAAGGCAAAGGCUGCAAGGGUUGGGUUGGGCAAGGCAAGGCAAAGGCUACAAGGGUUGGUUGGGCAGGCAAGGCAAGGCAAGGCAAAGGCUGCAAGGGUUGGGUUGGCAAGGCAGGCAAGGCAAAGGCAAAGCAAGGCAAGGCAAAGGCUACAGGGUUGGGUUGGGCAAGGCAAGGCAAAGGCUCAAGGGUUGGGUUGGCAAGGAAAGGCAAAGCAAGGCAAAGGCUGCAAGGUUGGUGGGCCAAGGCAAGGCAAAGGCUUGCAAGGGUUGGGUGGGCAAGGCAAGGCAAUGCAAGCAAGGCAAAGGUUGGGUUGGGCAAGGCAAGGCAAAGGCAAGGCAAAAAAGGGACAAGGGUUGGGUUGGGGCAAGGCAAGGCAAAGGCUGCAAGGGGUUGGGCAAGCAAGGCAAAGGCAAAGGCAAAAGGCUGCAAGGGUUGGGUUGGGCAAGGCAAGGCAAAGGCUGCUAAGGGUUUGGCAAGGCAAGGCAAGGGCAAGGCAAAGGCUGCAAGGGUUGGGUGGGCAAGGCAAGGCAAGCGCUACAAAGGGUUGGGUUGGGGAAGGCAAGGCAAGGCAAACAAAGGCUACAAGGGUUGGGUUGGGCAAGGCAAGGCAAAGCAAGGCAAAAGGCUGCAAGAGUUGGGUGGCAAGCAAGGCAAAGCAAGGCAAGGCAAGGCAAAGGCACAAGGGCUGGGUUGGCAAGGCAGGCUAGGCUUUUUGGCAAGGCAGGCAAGGCAAGGCAAAGGCUGCAAGGGUUUGGUUGGGCAAGGCAGCAAAGGCAAGGCAAAGGCUGCAAGGUCUUGGCAAGCAAAGGCACCUGCAAGGGUUGGGUGGGCAAGCAGGCAAAGGCAAGGCAACGAGCUGCAAGGCGUAACAGCAAGUAUCAUCAGCAUAGAGAGUGAAGCUCAGACAGCUCGCAUUGACAAUAUCAUUGAUGUAAAGAAGAAACAGAAUGGGUCCCAAGAUGGAGCCCUGUGGGACUCCAUGAGCGAUAGUUCUUUUAGAGGAGUUGCAGUCAUUGAAAACUACAUACUGUGUGCGAUUUUGCUAAAAGCUGUUAGUAUGGAAAUUGGGCGAUAG